AUGGCACCAGCUGAAGGGCAUAGGCCUAUUUCGCUUCUUUUGGACGAAGACACGGAAUAUUUAUCAUUUCCAAUAAUUUUUGGCGGUGAGAAAUUGGAACCUACUUUUCAAGGUCGACCAAUGUCAUGUGCAGAUAUCUCCAAAUCUUUUGCGAUGCGCUACGAUCGACGAAUAGCGCGACGUCCCGAUUAUCUGUUUUUUAUGGCGAAAAAGGCCGAAUUGCUCAGACUAUCCAGUAAUAUGGCAUUAUGCCUCCGGAAGAAAAGAAUUCGUAAUCGUAAUGAUAUAAACGCGGCCAAUCUCACCAAUCACGACUUCGUUCACGGGCUAGUGCAACACGAUGAUGCGUAUCAAGUUCUCGCUGGCGUGCGAAACUCUUGUAUGCAUUAG